CACUUGAGGCAAGGUUGAGAAUUUCGUCAUACACCUCUAGAGAAUCUAUCAGAACAACAGAAUAAUUAUUGGAAAGAAGUAGUGAAAUUUUGUUAUAAAAGAAGUGUUUUUUAAAGAAGUUGUUGUGUUAAAUAUCGUUGAUACAUAGGUUGUAUAUUGAAAGUUUAUCGUGGAUUUGUUAGGGAGCGAUAAUGGAAGACACGGAAUCGCGAUCUAAAAUUUUUAUCAACCCUGUGUUUAAGAAAGCUCACAUCAAUCCUAACUUUUUACUCGAAAAGAAUUCCACCAUCAAUCAUGCUCCGACUUCAGAUAAACCUACAUCAAUGCAACAUUCUCCCAAUAUCCAUUUCAAUCCUGCGUUCCUUGAACGGAUUCAUCAACAACAGCAGCAGGAAGUAGGACGAACGAAUUCGACCUUGACUGCUAUAGCAUCAGCAGUCCAGCCCAAUAAUCCCAUCAUAAAACAUACAAAACGAAAAUUGGUACGAGCUUCUUCCGCGAUUCCUGCUAAUUUAGAAAAGUCUCCUUUAGCACCACUGGUGAAAAUAAGCAAGAACAAACUGGUGCGAUCAUCCAUAUCAACAGUUGCAACAGCAAAUUCGCCCCGUGGAGUGACUUUAAGAGAUGUUAAAAAGCCAUAUAAGGUUAUCAAUAGCACGAGUCAGCUUUACAAACUGGAUAGAAGACCAGUCAUCUCGGGAGCAGUCACAAAGAGCAAAUCCUUAGUACGAAAGAUAAGUCCCCAAAAGUUUGCCAUCAAGGACCGGAAAUUACUCAAAUUAAGAAAUAUCAGAACCCCUUUGAAGAUCGCUAAUGUUUCCUACAAAGAAUCGCUAAGUAAGCCACAACUUUCCGGAAGAUUCAAACUAGUUAACUCACAUAAAUCGAAUUAUGCAACGAAUUCUGUCAGAAGCAAAGACACAUGUUUGAAAAUCCGUGGGACGACAUUUUUGCUUGACCCAAGUGGAAAUAAACUGCGAAAAGUGCCAUCUCAGUUGGACGCGGAAUCGAAAAACGCAAAAUUUGAAAGAGUUUACAUCGGUGGCCAACCAUACGUAUCGAAGAGCGACGGCACGUUCGAACGUUCCAAGGCAGAAUGGUACAAAACAUAUCUCAGGUGGACGAAACAGAAAAGUAUCAAUAAUCUGCUGAAUAGGAACAUUAAAUGUAAUGUCCCUUGUCCGAUUUUCCGCCGCUCGGGGAUAUGUAAAAAUUUCAGCAGAGGCCAGUGCCCGAAGUUACACGACCCGAAGCAUAUCAUCAUUUGUCCUAAGUUUCUACGAGGCGAAUGUACCAACACCGACUGCCUUUUAUCACACAAUGUGUCGCUCGAGAAAAUGCCUGUGUGUCGCUUCUUCCUCGAGGGACGCUGUUCUAAAAACGAUUGUCCGUAUCUCCACAAAAAAGUCAGCGAAAAGGAGCGAAUUUGUGGAGAUUUCUUGAAUGGAUACUGUUCACUCGCUGACAAGUGCCAAAACCGUCACAUAUUCAUCUGUCCGGAUUUUGAUCGAGCUGGAGUGUGUGGGAAAACUAAAUGUCCCUAUCCCCACGGCCGCAAGAAUGUGCAAAGUAAAGAUAAAGAGUCUAAAUCAAAGCGCACGGAUGUCACCCAUGAAGAAGAAUCAGAGUUGUGCGAGGAUACAUCUGCUCCAAAGGCAAGAUAUUUCUUCAGCAACUGUGAUGACACUGGUGAUGAUGAAUUGAGUAACGCUCAGAAAGCACAGCGAAAACGACUUCUACGUCAAGUAGAAAAAAUGAAACGAAAGCAUGAGGACAAUGAAACUGCCGAUGUCAAUAUGUUGGGUGUCCAUCACGAGGGAACGACAAAUGAAGAAGAUAAUCAAACCAACAGUAACAAUACUUGCGAGGAACUCGACGAGAGAGAACAGGAUACACCGUUUAGGAAACGUGUUAAAUUGGGCACGUUACCUUCAUUCAUACCUAUUUAAAAGUUUUAAAAACAGCAUGAUGUUAGAAAUGAAAAUGUAAAUGAAUAAAAUUGUUUAUCAUAUCAGUAAAA